CCGUCCGGCGGUGAAACCGAACCCGCAGUGCGCCAGGUGACCAGCGCCAGGCCGACACGCGGCCACCGGACACGGGAAACUGGAGCGGCCCGCGGCCCGCGCCGGACGCCGGACGGGACGCUCCUGCAGACCUGGCGAUCGGCCCUGUGUGCGACGGGACAUCGAUUUUCGUCGGGGGGCGGCGGUGGCGCCGGCGUGCCGCCGCCGGGCCGCGUCGGCAAUCAUCGGUGGAACGUCGCCGUCGCCGCCGACCGACUCGGCUCUUCCGCAGCAUCCAGAGGUCCGACGGGGAUGCCGACCAGGAUGGGCGAGCAGGCUGCCACUCCCACCGUGAAGCGGAAGAACGGCUUCUUCUCCAGCAUCUUCAAGCGGAAGCGGGAUGAGAACGACCCUGCUCACAUGGUGCGCACCGCCGGAGACGCGCCGCUGUCCCCUCCCGCCGACCGAGAUGGUGCAGAACUCCACAUGAUGGCUAACAUGGAGGAGGACCUGCAGAAGCUGCAGAUGUCGCGGCAGGACAACCCGUUCCUGCAGCAGCUUCAGAGCAGUGCCGACGACCUGGUAGCCCCCGAUGACGAAACCGAUGACGCCAGGCUCGUAGUGACGGAGUCCGGCAACAGCCGGCAGCUGGCCCUGGCGGAGAUCCACUCACACCUGGUGCGCAGUCCUCCGCCGAUCCCUUGGCCGCGGUCCUCGCAAAAGUUCAGCUUCGACGACCUACACGAGCCGGCACGUAUCGUUGAGGUCAUUCCCAGAUCAAACCUGCGUCCUCUGGCAGCCAAAGAGCGAGGCCAGGUGAUGGACCAGUGCCUGCAGGAUAUUCUGCAAACUCAGCGCUGCAUCCCGCUACAAAAAGCCUCGGCCGUCGAUGAAACGUUCACGGGCCGAUUGAGUCCUCGGACCAGUCCUCUGCGAGCGCCGCUGAACGUCCGACAACUCAGUCCCAGGCGAGGUCGAACCCCACCGGACCGCCCCCUGCUGGAGCCGCCAGUACCGGAGGAGACAGCGGCGGCCCCGGAGUCCAGGCUGGACACACCACUAGCGCCGGUCCGAGCGCCUCCGCGCGUCACCUCACACGAAGUCAGGCCUAAACUGAGUCUUCAAGUCAGUAGCAGUGGCUUCCAAAAAAGUCCAGAGAAGCUGGACAUGAAGCGGCCUAACACUUAAAUUCUAGACGUCGGGCAAACGACAACACAAACGACCAAAGGAGUGCGGCAGAGAGGACGCCACGAAUAUUGACAAGAUAUUGCACAUGGGGCAGCGAGGGAUAAUUUCGCAUGCGUGAGAGCUAAAUACCUGCGAUAACUCAGCAUCAUUCCAGUGGAAAAGACCAUCGUGGGGUAGAAACAGCUAAUUAGGUUUUCUUUAUUUGUGCAUUUCCCUGAGUGACGCGCUCGCGAUGAAUGAAACAUACCGGAACAGUCUGCAUCGAACGUGAAAAUGCAAUGGGGGGGGGGGAGGAACCCUGGCGCCCGGCACUGACGCUGUCUAGUCACAAUGUUGCUUCAGACAGGUCAGAGAAGUUCACGAAUCUCGUCAACAUGAAUCUCGGAUUGACCUAUAGGUAUGAUAGUAUAGAUGCCGUAGAGAAAGGUAGAAAAAUGACGUAGAAUCUCAGGUGGCAAAGUGCGAGACGAUGUGCUGUAGCGUCUGCGAAUGGGCAAAUUGAAUCAUAUAUCUCCACGCAAAAAAUAAUAUGCGUCAUGUUAGUAAGGUUUUACCAUGGUUUUACUGACAAAAUGCAAUUGGCUGGUAAUAAGACAACGUAUGUGCUAUAUUUUGAUCUCUGUACCAACGAUAUUGAUGUAAGAGGCUUGUGUGACACAAUAUUUUGUACAUCGAUCCACGUGUGCGAGUGUUCUGCCAUUUGUCAGAUACCUGCUGACGACAACUAUAGGGUGUGUCACAGAUAGCAUGAUUCAUGUUGUCUCAUGGUGUGUGAAUGUCAUAUAAUGCCUGCAGAAUGGUGAAAUGAGUUGAUUUAUCUCACCUUAAAAUCUCAAUGUUGGUAUGUAGCUAGAAUAAGCAUAAGUGUGCUUGUGAGCCCAGCCAAGAGAUUAACAUACGACUUUCUAUGGAUCCUGCCACCUCACGUUUUCACACAUCGAAAACGUCAUGUUGUUGGUAAACCCAUUAUGAUGCGUGCUUGUUAAUUAAUUAUAUGACGUAGUGCAUUGUGAAUAUUGUGAAAUCCCUGCAUGGAUUUAUAAGCAGCCUAUGAGGCAUUGCUUUCGUUGAAGGUGUUCGCAAAAUAUACAGCUUUAUCUGA